CUUUCACAAGAGGCGUUGCUCUUCGGCCGUGGCGCUUCUCUGCAAGCAAAAAAAAACAGAAAUUUCCGCUUCCUGCAACGAUAGACAACUAGCGCAACUUGAGAAACAUUCGCCGCGACUUUGACGGUGAACGGCGGGUUGAAGUGCAGCGCAUAAACGUUCGCCGCGACUUGAUGAUUGCGCUGCAGUAGAGGGUCGGCGCUCCGACAAACAGCCGCUUUAUUCGGGUUUUCCUUCAUUGUUUUCAAACAUAAGGUUCCUCCAGCAUGUCGGAGCGAGGAGGGCUCCCGAGGACUGGAGGCGUACCGUCUCCGCAGCCCUCCAAACCGGUGGCGAUCACCUCCAAUCGGCCGGUGCACAUGAACCUGUACGCCACCUGGGAAGUGGACCGAUCGUCGCCGAGCUGCGUGCCGAGGCUCUUCAAUCUGACUCUGAAGAAGCUGGUGAUGCUGAAGGAGCUGGAUAAAGAUCUGACGUCUGUGGUCAUCGCUGUCAAACUGCAGGGCUCGAAGCGAAUCCUCCGAUCCAACGAGAUCCUGCUGCCAUCGAGCGGCCAAACAGAAACAGACCUGCAGCUCACGUUCUCCUUACAGUACCCACACUUCCUGAAACGAGACGCCAACAAGCUGCAGAUCAUGCUGGAUAGUGGUGAAGGGGUAGGAGGAGGUGAAAGUACUGGGCUAUAA